AUGUCGAACUACGAGGACGACAUCGAGCCUAUCGCGGAUCCAUCCGACGCUCCCUCCGCCACAUCCCUCGGCAAACGACCUCGAAACGACGAAUCCGCUUCUGCCGUCGACGCUUCCGAUGCGUUUUCUCGCCUCUCGCCCGAACCCGACGAAGACAUCAACCUAGCUGAAGGCAAGCAUCCCGUCUGGUUGGUCAAGAUACCUAAAUUCUUGCUGCAGGCAUGGUCGUCCAUCCGUACCGACGAUCUGAGGCUGGGGACAGUUCGGGUGUACGAUCCGGAUCACACGGGACAUCAACGUAUGGAGUUGCUCUUGCCCGACCCACCUGCACCUGCCAUCCCCACGGAACCGGGGAAACCUCGCAAUCCUAGAUGGGAUACUGUUCCGAGAGCUUACGAUCUCAAGCUCACGUCGGACUCGGCUUCGACGUUAAAACGAAACAUCUAUGCUUUCCGCGAAACACUGCAGGAUGUCGAUCCUUCUUCCUCCUCAAGCGGGUUGAAGAAGGCGGAAGACUCGGACGACUCGUCAGAAGACGAAUCUGGUCGAUCCAAAAAACGUGGCAAGACACGUCGCAUCACCUCCCUCUGCGGAACGGUCACCAACGAAGCCGCUCUCCAACCACAGAUCCGUUCCUCCAACAGCGACGUAAAACCUGGUUCCACGUCCAUCUCCGGAGGUGCUCCCAUCUCGGAUUCCUACCGAGAACUCCUCCGACGUCGUCGUCUAGAAGCCUCUACGCCGAAACGAUCUAUCAAGAUGCUAGACUCCACCGAUGCCGGUCGUCACAACAUGCUCGUCGCCGGCGUCGGGUCCGGUGUCAACUCGCAAAAAUCGCGCUUCAACGCUGCCAUCGCCUCCAAGCCCAACUCCCGCAACGCGAGCGGUAACGAAAAGUUCGCGAGGAUGCCCAAGAACGAAUUGCUCGAUAUGCUCUUCGGCUUGUUCGAGAGAUGGCAGUAUUGGUCGUUGAAAAAGCUGAGGGAGGAAACGCAGCAGCCGGAGAGCUAUCUAAGGGAGACCCUGACGGGUAUUGCGGAUUUGCACAAGAGAGGCCCUUACGUAGGAAAUUGGAGCCUCAAACCUGAAUACUCGAAUAUGCGCAAGGAACAGGAGAAACAACAGCAGCAACAGCAAGAACAGCAGCAAAAAGCAAGAGUGGUGGAGAACAAGGUGGAUGAUGACGAAGAGGAUUUUGGUGAAAAUGAUAGCAGCGAUGAUGAUGAUGACGGCGCGGACUUCGACGAUGUGUAG